AUGACCGAAGCAUUAGUGAAGUGGGCAGUGCCUCAGAUUUCACGCCUGUUACCACUGGAUGAGGAUUCACUCAAACAAAUCAUCACCUACCACGACACGCUGCCCAGAGAUGUAGCAGCAGAACAACUUGGAGGUCUGCUUGGUGAUUCACCACAAGCUCUGGAGUUUAUUGCUUCGUUUAAUUCACGUCGUCAAACACCACCUUCAGAAGCUCGUAUCGCGUCCACUGCCUCUUCGGCUCGGGAUGAGGGUGUACCGAAAAGACAGCCUAAGCAGCCCAAGAAGAAGGCGAACAUCCAUAACCUGCCAGCCCGACAAGUCCAGGAUCUUGGAGGUGCUUCUGGUGCAUACAGGAAGCAGGAUGAAGGCGACUAUAUGGCUGGAUCCUCGAGAAAGAAGCCGCAAGCAUCUCUGUCGAACACGUUAGCUCUGCAAGAAACGCCUGAUGCUAGGCAGCUUCCAGAUCGCACCACUGGAGGCAUGUCUCGUGGACCCAAGGCUCCUCCUUCGGCAUCUGGACCUUUGAUCUCUGAUGUGCUUCCGCCACCAUCACAAUCAUCAACUCCUCGUACUGCAUCACCAGCACCGACCAAGACAAAGGUCAAUAUCACUGGGGGUACCAACAUGCACGGAGCUGGCAAGACUCUAUCAGACCUGGACUCAGCCAUCCGGUCUCUGGAGUUGCAGACCAAUCCCACCCUAGCCUCAAAUCAGCAGUCAGCAGAGGACCUGGCGAAGCGAAGAUGUAAUUGCAUGGCUACACGUCACCCGUUGCUGACCAUUGCGCCAAACUGUCUCAGCUGCGGAAAGAUCGUCUGUGUGAAGGAAGGCCUGGGACCAUGCACCUUCUGCGAAACCCCACUCCUCUCCUCCUCAGAAAUCGCAAGCAUGGUCCGCGUACUCAAAGACGAGCGCGGCAAAGAACGUCAAGCAGCCAACAACGCCUCCCACAAACGCGCCGAAGUCAGCCAAAAACCUCGAGCCUUCACUGGCCGCGACUUCCUCUCUUCCUCCGCCGCAGCAUCCACAACCGCAUCACCGCUUUCCUCUGCGCCUCCCUCUGAAGACGAAGGCGAUGUAGCAGUCAGCAAAGCCAAAGAGCACAGAGACAAACUUCUCGCAUUCCAAGCCAACAAUGCAAAACGAACGCGCAUUUACGACGAAGCUGCAGACUUUGACGUGCCCGCUUCUGGCACAAACAUGUGGGCGUCACCCACCGAGCGCGCGACAGAACUCAAGCGUCAGCAAAAGAUCAUGCGUGAAAUGGAGUGGAAUGCAAGACCCGAAUACGAGAAACGCCGUAUGGUCGCCAGCAUCGAUGUCGUCGGCGGCAAAAUCGUCAAACGCAUGGCUGAAGUCGAGAGACCUGCUAGUGAUGCGGAAGAAGAGGUUGAUGAGGAAGACACCACGCCAGUGCGACGAGACGAUAAUGCCGGAUCGGGUGCUUUCAGCAAUAAUCCACUUUUGGGUGCGCUGAUCAGACCUACGGCUAGAGCAGAGAAAGGAAAAGCUAAGGGGCAGGAGGGAAGUGAGGGUAGAAAGAGUGCUUGGAGAAGAGUGCAGGACGAUAAUGAUGACAACGAGGCUUGGAUCUUGGAUGGAGGUGCUUAUGGAGGUAGAGUUGAGGGCAUGAUAUUGGGUGAGGAGGAGCAUGCUGUUGGCUCGUAG